AUGCUUCUAGAAAGAGAAGUGUUGCUAGCAGCAAUGAAGGGGCCAAGAGAAAAAGGGCAGUCUCCCACACAGCCACUACCACAUCAGCCAAAUGAUGAAGCCAUUAUUGCUCUCAGUGAAAACACUAGAUAUAGAAACUCUAGGAGAACAACAGUUACAACACCCAAUGUACCAAUACCAGUUCCUGUCACAGAAAGUGUUUCAAGUGUUUCAAUACAAACUCAACAUAUCGUUGACACGUUAACAGAUAAACUUGAGGCUAUAGUCGAGAAUAAGAUACAACAAGUUUUGGGUCAAAGUGGACAAGCACGUCCACAACAGGUACAGGCCCCAGAAACAGUUCCCACGCAACAGUUACAACAACAACAACAACAGGCGGAAUCACUGGAUGACCGGGCACAAAGUGUAUUUACUGGUAAUUCUGGUUGUCUCACUUCAGCUUCUUUACAAUCCUCCCCAUCAAUUCCACUCCAUGCAUCAGUUAAUCUGAAAAUAAAAGAAAAGAUCUGGGCUGACGAAUUUGUAGAUUUUUCAACUUCUUUUAGUAAGUCUCAGGAAUCGUUCAGCUUAACAAUCACGCCAACGGGCAUUUCUUCCUUUUCACAGUCAAACCCAAGAAAAUUCAUAACAAUUGAGCAAUGGACUGAUAUUUUUGCAGUCUUUUCAUCUGUAUACAGGCAAAAGUAUCCGGACACUGCUGAACAACUAGCCCAAUACAGUAACACUGUGCGGGCAAUUGCCAAAGCUAGGGGUAACUGGCAUUAUUAUGAUGUGCAGUUCAGACAGCUCCGUCAGAGUCACCCAUUUUCUUGGGACUCAAUUCACCAUGAGCUAUACAUCAAAGCUCUAAGUCAGAAGCAGCCCUUUCGGCCAAAUGGCCCACAAACGGGCCAAUCUAGAAAAACUGCAACAAAUUCAAUCGUGGAGAUAGAUGCACAGGAUGCAUCUACCAACACAAAUGUAAAACAUGCUCCGGCAAUCACCCACACUAUAAAUGCUGGAAGCGAACAUCCGACGGUGCCCCCAAAAAUUCAAAUAACGCGGGUCAGUCACAACCCAACAGGUCAAACCCCACCAAACAAAGCCAAUAGAUAAAGUUACGUUACCCACUC